GUACUGGGGCGCCACCUUGCCUUUGAUGAGUUGCUGGCAGAACAUCGGGCAAGUUUGAAGAACAAGGAGACUGGUAAAGAGAGAAAGCUGCAGGCUAAGGAGACGGUGCCGCUCUCUCUGGGUCAGGAGGCCGCUCCGGGCCCGGUGAUGUUGGGGAUCUCUCCAAACCGGCCAAAGCUUGCCGCCUGCUCUGGUGCAAGGGUUUUUUUGCAAAGUGAUCUGAUUGAAAAUGAGAAACCCUCUGAUCCUGUACCACAUCCUGAGCUCCCGUACCCUUUGUUCAGGUUUGAGAUAAACAGCCGGCUAUCGAGUGAGGAGAGUGAUGGGGAGAUGACCGAGGAAGCUGAGAAGCUGGAUUGUCACUAUUCACGCUUUCAUCCAAAGCCUCUGGCAUUUUGCACUUUCGGAAGCCGGAUGAUUAGUCGGGGCUGUUACGUCUUCAACAGGCGCUUUGAUCGUUUCCGUAUGGCCCUUAAUUCCAUGGUAGAAAAGCACCUGAAUUCUCAGAUGUGGAGAAAGAUUCCUCCAGCCACGGAUCCACAGAGCACGCCACUGGCUGUCCCAACUCCAGCCCCCUCCGUGCUUUCUCUCCCAUCUAUUUCGUCUAUUUCUGGAUCUCUGUCUGCCUCAGCUUCUUCCCCGGGCGUGGAACUGAAAGCAGCGUCCUCGCCUGUUAGCCUUGUUGGAGCUCGAGGCCCUCCUGAGCCACCGUCUGCGUGCUGCCGCGCACUCCCUCCGCUGACCCCUCCAGCCCGCAUUCCCUCCCCCUCUUUGAGUAGAUCACCCUGGACCAAGAGCAGCCGGGCGCCUGGGUUUCACUUGGAGCUUGGUCCCAUCGGCGAUGCGUCUCUGAGCAAACACAAGAAACCAGGGCCUGCCUCCUGUAACCUGCCCCCUCCCUCCGAUUCCCCCCUCAAAAGAAACUGUGUGUUGAGUCUGGACAGGAUAAGUGCUGCCCCUCCUGGCGGGACGGCCCUCCACCCUCCUCACUCGAAUACCUCUUCACACAGGGUGAGCAACGGACUCGGUGCCCAUGGACCCAAAGCAGGACGCUCAGGAUCGACCGCAAUUCUGGGCCUUUCAGGGAACUCCCUCAAAGGGAAUGGCAGGACAGUAGAACAGUUUGGUCCCAAAAAGGAGGCCCGCUUGUGUGCAGCUCUCAACCCAGCUUCGCCCCCACAGCCUCCCACGUCCCCAGCACGGACCGAGGGCAGGAAGCGGAAGAACGCAGCCUCCUGCUCGAAACCCACGAAAAUAGCCAAGGGCCCCGACGUCAGCAGCGUCCAGAGAAAGAGAGAGGAGAGCCUGGCAACAACACGACCUCACAGCAACUCUCACCCACACAAGGCAAAAGUGCGUCCCUGAUGACAAGUUGGUCCUAGUUUCCCAGAAACGUCCAUCCAUCAGUUGCCACCUCCAGACCUUCACUCACACAAACCGGACAUCGUCCAGGCUAUUGGGAAGUCUGCUGCGCCACAGGCUGUUUAUGCACAAAUCACUGCAGACCCUCACACUAGCCGCCUUAGUCGGUAUGAACUAUUUUGUUGACCUUUGUGUCUGUAGCAGGAGUCACUGCACCUUGUCAUCCAUUUGUUUUGUUUGUUCUCUGCUUCCGAUCUGUCCACUCCGAGGUUACACCUUUGUGGUUGUUUAACGUGGCAUCCUUGCUGUGCACUGGUAGGAAGAGGGGCAGUUUCCAAAUGCGUGCCAAAUGGUUGGUGAGGUGCAUAUUCAGUGAUUUGGCCUCCAGAACAGUGGAGAGUGAAGGGAAGUGUUCCGACCAUGUCUUCAGUCUGGGUGCCCAGCAUCGGGCCCAGGUCUCCUGAUGGCAUUGUGCCUUCCCCCUGUCCCCUCCUCCACCCCUGUCUCCUGACCCACACCAGGGGUCAAUCCCUUAGGUGCCGGACACCUGUUGGGGGUAAUUUCUCCGGGGAGCCGUUCCUCUCAAGUGACUCCCAGGUGAUUCAGCAUCAUGGUCAAGAACAAGAGCCGACCUCACGCCCAGUCCACUGAGGCUCUGCAUUGUAUCCCUGUUGCUCCCUUAGUCACCAUAUUGGGCAUUGCCCAUUCCUCAUAUUGAGCAGUCUCGGUGAGGGCUGAAGGUUAAGGGACAAUGGCUGUCACCAAUUUGAUGUUCUUACUGAAUUGGAAGAACCAGAAUGUGUCAAUCACAAAUCCAAGAGUCAGGAGAAAGACGACGCACAGGAUCUGGAGAUGAAUGGGUUGCUUUUUUUUUACCGUUUCUCAACAUAUUACAUAAUGAAGAAGCCACAAUGUCACCAUUUCCCAGAAUGCAGGUCUGGCAUGGAAGAUUUCUUUUCAAGAAUCUCUUCUUGCCUGUGCAAUCCUUACAGACUGAGGUAGAAUCCUCUGAGCCAAGGAAUGCUUUGAUCUCUGGUAACUAGUAAUAAUGUUUGCCCUUAAAACAUGAUUGCAAAUAAUACCUUGGCUGUCUGCCACUUGGUGAUAGUGUCACCAUCAGUGACCCUGUAAUUGCAUUAAUUAUGGAAGCAUGUUAUUAACUUCCUGCCCCCUCACUACAACUGAAGUCUUUUGAAAGUUCUAACUGUCGUACAACAUGUCUGCCCAGUACUGGGUGACACUGCCAACAUGUAUUUGUUAAAGUGCAUUACCUAAGAUUGUACAUUGGCUCCAUGUGGUAUUUGUCUUUAUUCAUUCAUGGGAGGUGGACAUCACUGGCUAGGCCAGCCAUUUAAUGCCCAUCCCUAAUUGCCCAGAAGACAGUUAAAACAGUUAAGAGUCAACCCCAUUUCUGUGGGAUUGGAGUCAUUUGUAGACCAGACCAGGUAAGGAUGGCGGCUUCCUUACCUGAAGGAUGUGAGUGAAUUAGAUGGGUUUUUCCAACAAGUGAUAGUUUCAUGGUUAUCAUUAGACUCUCAAUUCCAAAUUUUACUGAAUUCAAAUUCUACCAUCUGCCAUGAUUCAAAUCUGGGUUCCCAAACACUACUUGAGUUUCUGAAUUAAUAGUCUACCUAUUGAACCGCUGGCUAUCACAGUCCCCAAUGAGGUUUGCAAGACUCAGUACUAAAUCAGGCUACACAUUGGGUGAGCAGUUUGAAAUAGCAUUCUGCUCUCUCACUGACCCUGACAAAUAGGUGCUCAUCUAGAUUCACAUUUUAACAAGAGACAUCAGUUGGUGUGGGGCCUACACUGAAGAGAGUUCCAUUCGGUCACCAUUGCAGAGAGCUGGUGCCUGAUCCAGCAAGGAAGGACUAAUUUACAAUAUCCACUGCAGAAUUAUUCACCAUGUGGACUAUGUUACAAAUAGCAGGCUGCAGAUGUUCACAGGUAGAGAGUUGGUAUUUCCCCGAGAGGUCUCACAAAGUCUGAGAGAGGAUUUGUGGAACUUUCAAAUCUGAUGGGUUGAGUGAGAGAUUCAAGUCUUCCUUCAAACUAUUUAUAAAAUCUCAAAUCAUCCCUUACUCUAUGAUAAACUGAGCAAACAUUUCACAUAUUUGAUUGCUGCUCAGUACUCCUCACUUGGAGCAGGAAAGCUUCAACAAUCUUAUAAUUUCAUUCCGUUACUUCAGUAUUUCUGUUUCUGCUCAACCUAUUUUAUCAGCCUUUUUGAGAAAUUAUGGCUUUGUUUUAUUUCUCAUAACUUUUUUUCAUUAUAUUACUAUACUUUUUUAUUAUUAUUUUUAUACAUAUAAUUAUUUUGCUGUACAUUUCCUACAAAUAGUUCCAUGAUUUAGUGACCGAGGGUCAGCACUGAGCUAUCAACUGUCUCUUCUGGUGGUGAUGUAUUUUUCCCUUGACAAAUAUUUGGAAUAUUUGGCUUGAAAAACAGUACAAAUCAUUUCAAUGUUGUUGUGCUCUGUGAGUGACAAAGGAUUAGGUUACAGAUGCAGAUGGAAGCUAAAGGUAUACUGUUAGACUUGGUCAUCUGCACGCUGUUUUCACUGUAGCCAUUCCAUUUUUGUGGCUGGGAGCUUAUUCACAGUUUGGACAAACUCUGAGAUAUAUCAGGUUUAGUUUAACCUGUCACGUCCACGGCAAAUAUUGCUCUUUUGACUGAGGAAUGAGACAAUGCCAACACAGGCUGUGCCUGUGUCAGAUCUAUGAACAACCUCUUCCAUUAGUCUUACUCCUAUCUGCCCUUUUCCCACAGCCCUGCAAAUGUUCUCUUUUCAACUUUUCCUUGUAUAUCCAACAAGCUUGAACAGGGAGUGAAAUCGGGUGUCAGUCUAAUUACUGCAGCUUCCCGCUGGGCAGCAUGGGUUAAAGUUAAUUCUACCAUUUAUGGAUUUAUUUGUGCUUUUGUGGGAUGUGUUUUACUGGAGAAUGAAGCUGUUCCAAUAUCAGGAACCAGUAUCAGUUGUCCUCAUUACUAAGCACUCCUGGAUUUAUUCAUUUAUGGGAUUUGGGUGUUGCUAGGCUAAUUUUUAUUGCCCAGAGGGCAGUUAAGAGUCAACCACAUUGCUGUGGGUGUGGAGUCACAUGUAGGCCAGACCAGGUAGGGAUGGCAGAUUUCCUUCUCUAAAGGAAAUUAGGGACCCAAUGGGUUUAAACAGUAAUUAAUAGUGGUCACCUUUAGUUUUUGGUUCACCCGAUGGUAUUCAAGCCCACCUCUUCAGAGCAUGAGCCUGGGGUUCUGGAUUACCCUG